GCGACAGCUGCUUUUUCAAUGCGAAGCGCAAAUGGAUCUUUUGGCCACCGGCACCAUCCCAUCGCGGCACAGCCACAACAACAACCAACCAUCGACAAAGUUUCUUACCCUAGCUGGUAGAAGACAACCUUCAUAAAAUCUGCUGCUGGUUCCUGGUGGCUAAUACGGUAGCUAGCUCAGCUUUCUCUCCACACAAUACAAACAGACGUACCGUACUUCUACACGAGCUAUUGCUGUACAGCACCAUGAGCAAUCGAAGACGAAGUGCCCGUCCUGGGUUUUCAGAGUUUGCGCAACUGCCUUCCCAUCAAUCGCAUCAAUCAGGAGGAGGAGGAGAUGACUUUCGCGACUUCAUGAAGUCUCAGCGGCAUCUACGAGCCCGUCACCGUCAAGCAGCCGCUCAUCCUCAUCAUCAUCAAUCGGGUCUGUUUUCGGUUCAGGAAGAUGCUCUACUAGAAGAAGGAGAGCCUCGUCGUCGUUCUUCUGGAGUCGCCUUUUCAAAUCACAAUCCUCCUCCUCUUCCUGCUGGUGGUGCUGGUGCUGGUGCUGGUGGUACUGCUGGUGCUGGUGGAAGACGACGACGCAACGUUCGUCGUGAAACAAUGGUGGCCUUGGAAGUCCUUGGCCAGAGACACCACGAAAGUUCCGAAGAUUGGCAGAACUUUUUGCACAGCAAUCAUCAUCAUCUCGAUAGUCAUCAUCAUCACGAUGGUCAAGAUGGUGAUCAGGACAGUCAAGAUGACGACGUCGAGACAUUUGCUGGAGCAGGACAUCACAGUGCUAGUAUGGCCUUGGGCAGUACCACGCACCACACUGCCAAAGACAAGCAUCACGAUCAUCAUGAUCACCACCACUCUUCCAUGAUUCUUCCGUGGUACUGUCCUCCCGUACAACGUCAACUCUGGGAUGACGAUCAAGUCUUGCCCCAUGUCAAUUGGCACGAUCUGUUCUUUGAUUUGAUCUUUGUCGCAGCGGCCUACAAUCUCGGAUACCAACUCACCACGGGAAUGGACUCGGAUCAGUGGCCUCGCGCUGUGGUGUAUUUUGUCGGCAUUUUUGGACCCCUCUACAAAAUAUGGGAAAACGAUGUCAUGUACGCAUCCCGCUACACACUGGUCGAUUACUCGCAUCGGCUCAUUGCGGUGGCACGAUUUCUCUGUGUCAGUUUUGUCGUUCUCUCCAUCAAACCACUCAAAUUGUUGGGUGAUCCCCGCAGUGCCGAGACCUUUUGUUUGACACUCUCCCUCUUUUGCGAGUCAUUGCUCCAGUUGGGACUCAAUAUCGAAUUGUUCUUGUAUGGAGAUGGAGAUCGAAAAUCCAUUCAAAAUCAAACCUUGCGGGAAACCAUUUCGCAAGUAUUGCCCAUGAGUCUCACGUAUUUGGGUGCUGCUGUGGUGGCUGGAAUUGGACUCUUUGAUGCGCCGCCCGAAAAAGAUUACUCUUCCUCCAAUGGUGGCAGUUACGAACCACUGACAUCCCCUUCGACCUCCUCUUACGGCAAUGAAACUACCAGCUCUUCUUACAAUCAAACCGAAACUGGCUAUGGUGAUGACAACAAUAACAAUUACCGAUUCUUGGCCGGCGGCUACGACGACUACAAGGAGAAACCGGAUGGGGUCAAUUGGUCCCUGGCCGAUCUACCCUUGGUCCUGUGCUUGACGGUGUACGUAUUUGAGCUACUCGUCACACUCCUACAAAAGGGAACACACAACAAAAAGAUUCACGAUAUUCGAGAAUACUUUGUACCCAACAAUAUCGAUUACAUGAUUCAUCGAUAUGGAGAGUGGAUCAUGUUGAUGAUUGGCGAGAGCAUUCUGUCUCUAUUGAUUGUGGAAACGACCGAACACCAGGAAUACUACAUCAUCAUGGCACUCGGAUGUCUUACCGUCAUUAUUCUACAAAUUCUUCAUUACGAGUCCGAACCCAGUCAUGCCGAUGGACAUGCACUCUGGCGCAGCAUGACGGCCGCGGCAUUGUACUCCAUUCUCAUUCAAAUACUGUCCAUGAGUCUCAUCACCUUUGGAGUGUCCUACAAACUCAUGCUCAAAGAUGUCGUCUACGAAGACAAGUCGUCGUAUGAUAGUACUAGUAGUGCUGGUGCUAGUUCUAACUACGAUGAUGGUAGUGGUGGUCAACGACGACUUGCCGGAGAUCCCAUUUCCGCCAAUGCUGUGGCAUGGAUGUUCUCUAUUUCACUCUGUGCCAUUUUGGUUGUUUUGGAAAUGAUGUUGGUCACACAUCGAGGCAUCCGAGAAACGUGCCAACUCUUGUUUCGAGGAGGCAACAACAACAACAACCAAAGGGGGUCCCUCAACUGGCCACUGAUUUUCGUGGGCGUGCUCAAACUGGGUCUGAUUGUCUUUGCCGCAACCUUGCCAUUCUACAUUGAAAAGCCCGUCCAUGUUGCCAUUUUUGGAUUUGUCAUUGUCUGUUCCAUGGCCAUGAUACGAAUUUUGGGCUGGGGGUUUGUGCAUCACGAAGAGCACAUGUUGAAUGCCAUGAGCUCCUUGACGUACGGAGCGGUUGGAAACUCGGAACCGACCGAAGAAUCCGAACAACCACCGACAACUACCGUUGCCAAAGCAAUUACCUAUGCUCCAGCCGCAGAAGCAGAAGAAAAGGCUCCCACCAAGAUUUCCACUAAUGGAGUGGCACCCAAUAAUAAGCCACCGCCACCCACGAGACCGCCUCCACCGCUACCCAGGCCACCUCCACCGCCGCGACCACCGAGCAGGACUCGUCGUCCCCAUGUACCCAACAAUAAGAGAGAUCCACCGGGUGUGUGCAAGUCAUCCGACAGUGUGUGCGCCACUACGGAACACUCUAGCUCGGCCUACAAUAAUAAUCAUUAUCGAUCAUCUUCCAAACCUCGACCUACGACGACAAGGUCGGCUACAAACGGGAGGGCACCGACAACAAGGGCCCCCCAAGGGAAACAGCACCCGAACGUUGCCAGUCAAUGCAAUGAGGAACGACAGAACGGCAAAGACGCCGUCCUCCCGAACUGCCUCGAAACCAACGACAAAAGCACUUGGUCAAAAGUCGACAAACUACUAGCUCCAAAAGAGGAAACAAAGCAUCUGAAAAGUGGAGCCAGGAAACCAGCGGAAUAAACGUCCGCCUGCCUACUCUACUCACACGAAAUCGUCCAAAGUUCGGGGAAACCGACUGAACCUUUCGCUUCAGAAUGGAUAGUGAUUAAACUAAAUGUAUGUCAAUAAUAAGAUGCAUAUCGCA